AUGGCGAUGAGAAUGCUAUGGCUUUUACAUCCCGAAACUGAUACCAAUGCAAAUUCAUCUACACCCAGAGACUUGAACGCCACUCCUACUCAACUCUUCCCGGUGAAAAACGGGGUAUCCAAUCUUCAAUAUCACGGUAAUGCAAUUAUUGGCUUAAGUUUGCUAGCCACGGCACUACUUCUCGCUGCAAGCCUCUUUAGUGGACUAAUAUUGGUUCAAUACGGCAUAGAAUUAUCAUGGCUACAAGUAAGAGAUGGAUCCAGAUCUGAAACUAAGAAAGAAGAUAAUUACGCUAUCACUUGUUUGAGAAAGCACAGAACUUGGAUGCUUUGCUCCCUAAUCAUAUGUACAGUGGCAUGCUCCGAAUGUAUGCCAAUCAUACUACAGGCCAUCUUUCCAGGUCCAUCAUGGGCCAUGGUUCUAGUCUCAACAACACUCGUGACCAUAUUUGUCGAAAUAAUACCUCGAUGUCUAUUACCAAGACGUUUUUUACGAUGUGGCUAUCAACUUUGGCCAAUUAUAUGGACGUGUAUGUUAGUGACUGCCAUCGACAGAAUAAUAUUUACAAAUAGCGAGCUCGAAUCUAUUAUCAACUAUCAUGAUAGAUCAGAGAAAAAUGGAGGACGACUUGGGCGCGAUGCUUCGCGCAUCAUGUUAGGUGCCUUACAGCUGGAUUCUCAAUUGAUUGGGUAUAAAGUGUCGGGAAGCCAAAAUUUAUACUGUACAGAUACGCAGGGGGAUCUUGAGAAAGAAAUGUCUUCUGACUCAAUCAGCAUAUCUACUAACUGGACUAUGGUCAAAAUGGUCUACAUUGAUGAGGUAGUCGACGAAGAUUUUAUCAAAAAAAUUAAAAGCUGGCCAUUUAGUCGACUUCCUGUUGUAGGGAUAUCGCACAAAGAACAUCAGAAAAAUACCUUCCUAGGACAGCGAAAUAAAAUUCAAGUUUUUGGAUAUCUCCACGUCAAGUAUCUUAUUGGCUGCGAUAUUUCUGAAAGGUGUGGGAACCGCAAACUCCUGGUCAAAGACUUACCAGUCUAUCCUCUUCCUAUUGUUCAAGAAAAUCUACCAAUCUAUGACCUCUUGAACCUCUUUCAGUCGGGAAUCUCUAGAAUGGCAUUACUUGUACCCACCCGAAAAAAAAAGGCCUGGACAGAUCUUGGAGGACAAAUUUUGUCAUCGACAACCUCACAUCCGGUGCUGUUAACAUGUACUAAACCUAUACAUAAUGGGGCAACAGUAAAUUCUAUGCUACAAAUAGAUGAAACGAUGCGUGAUAAUGAAGGUAAAACAUCCGCGCCCAAGGCCGCAAAUAAUCAAGGUGCACAGAUCCUGGACCUAUUUAGAAAUGAAGAGGCACAACCACUAGGAAUCAUAACAUUCGAGAAUUUAAUCAAUGUCAUCUUCAAAAAGUUAAGCCAUGAUGAAAAAAAAAAAAUUAUACGAAGCGUAGAUGUUUGCCACGACAAUGAACGAGGGGUUAAAAAUUUAGACGACAUUGCUACCCCUAGCUCGUGUGAACCACUAACAGUAGCCAAAAGUAGUCCUUUGAGAAAUUGGAAGGGAAAUCAGAGGGAAGAUGCGAGGAAUACGGAUGGUGCUGACGAGCGAGUUUUCGAUCAACCUCGCUCAUGCGGCAUAACCAUGAAAACGGUUCGAAGAAUCCUUGCAGGAAGCUCGUACUCCAUAGAUAGUCGAGGCUGUUUUCGUAACUUGAGCAAUUCGACUGAAGGAAAGGUCGAUUUGCCGCUUGGCCGUGCAGCUAUUUCAUCGAACGUCGAUCCGAACGAAGUUACUACUUGCCCAUAUGCUUUAGAAAAACCAAGCACUCAGCCUGUGAGGAAAAUUUCCUUGGAAACUUCCAAAAAUCUCUCCCAACAUUUUGAUACAACCUCGACAAUCCCUAGGCGUUCCCGACGCCAACCGGCGACACUAUGCUCUCUCCAGACCGACUCGAGCUAUGAAACUGCGAAAGACCAAAUCUUUUGUGGAGAAAAUUUAUCCAAGCGGUAUAAGUACAAAAGGCUACUGCGCCUGAGUGUUUCAGAUUCAAGAGAUGGCAAUAUUUUUCCGAGAAAGUUGAAUGAGGCGGUUUUUGAUCGGAACAAGUUCCUCGACCAAGCUAUUUUUCUUAAUAGUCGGCAGAAUUACAAGAGCCAUUCUCAUGCGGGAUCAUCUGGGACAAAGAGUAAGGAAAAUGUAAUUAUUUUUAAUGGCAUAAAGACGAUGCCACGAUUAAUAGGAAAUAGUAUCAUGGUAGCUCAUGGCCGAGAAAGUACCUACCGGGAUGAUAGAUCUCUUUUACCGAGUCAAAUCAGAUCUUUAAAUAUCAACAUUGGCCAGAGAAUAGGGUAUGGGACAUCCAGGAGUACCAGUUUCUAUGUCUAA